GAGCGAGGCAGAGCCGUGGCUCGACAUGUUGCCGGCGUCCUGAUCCGUGGAUCAGAUCCGACGCUCUUCGGUAAUGGCGGCACUGCCUGCAGUAAAUGCGGGGGGCGGGGGGGGGGGCAGGGGCGUUGGGAGCAUCUUUCUCCUACCUUUAGCCCUAGGUUACCCGAUUGUUGAGAGCGGCGACCCGGUGGGAAAAAUCUGCAGCGACUAGGCGACUGCGUGCUAGGGUAGGCAUGGAGUUCUUGAUGCAGCCCGUAAAUAGGCAGCAGGACUCUAAUAGAAGAGGUCAACGAGAACAAGAUGAACAUGGAGCCUCUUCAUUACCCUGUGAGUCUAUGACGACGCGGCCGGUGGUGGAGUUGCCGGCCAACACGGAAUCAAGCGCCAACGACCAGAUUUGCACUGAGGGCGCUGUUCCAAGGGCAGGCAGUGCAGACAACCUCAAGCUUCAGAGCACUCCAUCGAGCAGGGUCCGGGUUGGGGCAGCUGAGCUAGGCAGAGCCCCAUGUGCUGAUAGGAUAUCAGGGCUGGAGAAAAUUGUUCAAAGAUUCAACCAGAAUGUGCUAUGGUUGUUGCAGGAGACAAAGUGCAUGGUGCCACAGCUAACAAUGAUGACAGUUCAGCUAAUGAGUCAGGGAAUAGCCUAGUGGGAUUAUUGCCUCCAGCAAAGAGGAAGGAGAUGGGAAGGCCUACAAGCAGAGAGAAGGCGUUGUACGAGGGUUUGAGCAUAAGGACAAGAUUCAGCACCAUUUGUCGGUGUCAGGGGCAUAAGCAGGCAACCUGCCCAGAUCGCCGAGAUGUCCCAAAGCAAGUUCGGAGACCAGCACGCUGCAAGAAUUGUGGAGUUGAAGGUCACCGUCGCAACAACUGCCACAAAGCAGCGGAACUUAUUAGACUCAAUAAAGCAUGAGCAGACAAAGUAGUCAGUGAAACUGUUUAAGAUAAUUCCAACGCUCUAUGUUUCAACAAUUUUCAGUUGUGUUGUACUAGUAUUUUAAUUAGUUGGUUGGUGUGUAAAGUAUGAGGGAAAAAACUUAGUUCAAUUAAGUCAUUUCAUCAUGAGCCUGUACUGACGGUGUUUUAGGGGUACUUCUGAUCUCAGGCGUUUGAGUCGUUGUAUAGAGAAACACUUACCUGUGUUGCCUGAUCUGGUACUUAAAAGACAACAUAAUAAUUCAGUCCUGCUUACUUUUGCUA